UACCGGAAAAGAAACCGGUGGCGACAUUCAAGACGCCCUGUGGCUGUUGUGUUGGACGAUGAAGUGCCACCAAGUCCACGUGAACCAGUGCCACAUCGCACUGCUGGCUACGGUCUUGCACAUCAAAAACGUAAACUACAAAUACCGGAUCGUAGUCGUAGUGUGUCGCCUUUGCGUGCCGAGUCACCGCUGCAGACGUACGACAAAUACGCCAAGUAUGAACGGAAUAGAACAGAUUCGAUGACACGCUAUGGAACACAAUGGAACGGACCCGGCUUCUCCUCCCCACAGAGAAGUGGCACAGACGAGCGUCCACCACAUCGAACACCAGCGCUCAGCCCUGCAUCAAAGGUCCCUGCACCGAUAGACAGAUAUUUCAAAGGCAAGGAAUGUCCCACAAAGGUUCCAGACAUAUUAUGCAAAGCGCACGCAACGCGCGAAAGAGAGGCUGUGGCAGGAUCGAUCGAUAAAAGGUGGACAUCGAUCAAUAACACUGACGCGACCUCCCAUCGCGCAAGUCGCGCGCGCGCGGAAAAGUAUGUGUGGAAUCGAUGCACUCCUCCCCCAUUGCACUUGCACUGUAACAUCGCGAGUCUGCUGUGUUCUCUUCUGAAGACC